AUGUCUGUCGUCAACGUGUUCAUCCACGCGCCGUCGACGCUGGUGUCGGCGGAGCGUCGCGUGCCGUCAACGAUCCCGCUACACGAUCUCAAGUACCGCCUCGAGUCGAUCGUGGGCGUGCCACCCUCUCACCAAGUUCUCGAGAUCCACUCGUCACGCACCGACCAUGAGCAGCAGCAGCAACUCGCCGGACCCGGACCAUUCGCAGCCUCGGUUCGCUCCACACUCGUCGCUGCCGUUCCACCGAACUCGGACGUCGAGUCGCGCAGUCUCGAGGAGCUUGGUGUCGUCGAUGGCAUGGCGAUCAAGGUGCUCGAUACGCGCCCCAAGGAGCUCAUCCAGACAUUCACCGACGAGAGUCUGGUGGACAAGUACGUCAUGGACGACGAUACCUAUGCUGCACGCCGUGAUACCGUGCUUGCCUUCAAGCAGCGCAACAAGCUCGGCCGCUUCGACCCGUCUAAAGACGCAAGCUCCUCCGCCGGCGAUACAGAAGACCUCCCCACCGAGCUGACCGUUGGCGCAAGGUGCCAAGUCGACCUCCUGUCCGGUACAGGCACAACGGGCGCCAACCAGCGCAAGGGCACCAUACGAUUCGUAGGCUCCACCAAAUUCGCCACAGGCGCCUGGGUCGGUGUCGAAUACGACGAGCCAGUUGGCAAGAACGACGGGUCCGUGGCGGGUGAACGCUACUUCACAUGCAAACCCAACUUCGGCAGCUUUGUGCGCCCCGACAAGGUUCAGGUGGGCGACUUCCCUGCCGAUGACUUUGACUUGGAUCUGGACGAUGACGAGGAGAUGUGA